GCCACUCUCCUUGUUUAAAAUAGGUACAUUUUAUAUUCUUAUUUGUAACUUUCCCUAUGUUUUCUGUGCGCUUCCCUAAUUUUCAGAGUACGUCCAGUCUAUACUGACGUCUAGCUAGACGUCAACUACUAAAAAUUAAGUAUUUCUUAAAGAACUUAAUAGGAGUUCGCUUAAGAUAAUUUUGUUAUAUUCUCUACACUGUCUUAUAUUCACACCUGGUCACAAGAUCACUUACUUACGUCAGUUGCUGAUGAUAACCUACAAACCAUACCGAACAUGAUGUCCUGUGUUUUGUAAACUUUCUAAGUGUUUAUACAAAUAUCCAACUAACUUGUCUGGACUUCAGAAGUCCUACCGUAGAUAAUUAUUUUUCAACUUAAUGGGUUUGUAGUGCUCUUCAUGGUCAUGCUGCCGUUUAUCAUAACCAACCAUAUAUUCGAACACCUCAGAACAGUUUCCACAAUCCAAGCAAACGAAAAACAAGAGGACAUGGACGAACUUGUGGAAUAUAUAUCCAACUUUUAUUGAUAAAAUUUGUUUUCGACUGCAUUUUUAAGCAGCUUUUUCUGUUUAUCGUGUAAAAGUAACAUUCUGUGUAAAUGUGUACUAUAAGGUGAAGUCUCUAUAUUCGUACAUCAAGGGUAGCCAAAUAAUCUAUUUUGGCUUAAACGGACGCUAAAUAGUCUGCCUCACCGAAAUUUAUGCUAAAUAUUGCUUCUUUUUGCCCUUGCGUCCUAGACGUUCACCAUCAUUCCGUCAGGGCAAACACGUUUGCACAAUUGACCUCAGUAAGAAGAAUGAUUCACUUACUUAAAGUAAUUGGUUUACAGGACUUCCAGUCACAGUUUAUGUGAAUGCCAAAAUUCGAGUGCCAUUGAUGCCUCUUAGCUAUAAAUAAAAAGCAUGAUUGUCAUCGACCCAACAAACAAAGUAACAGUUUAUAAUGUGUUCGUUAAAUAGGAAUUUACACUAAAAAUGUAUCGUUUUUAAACGUAAGAUUGAAUCAUAAAAGUUUUUGAUACCUACGUCUCAUUCGAUCCAGUAUAGCACAUAAAAGCGGAUAUGUUAGAGUUGUUCAAAAAUAAUUUGAUCGAAAAAUGAUAGCAAAAAAAAGAAUAACACAUGAGUGCACCAGUCAAGCAUAUGUUUUCAUGGAUAGUCCACAUGAGGUUAAACUUACAAUGAUGUUCAGUAAAACUGAUCGCUGAGCUUAAGAAACGCAAAAGUAAAGGUUAUUGGUGCAAAUUAUCACUUAUAAUAUCAUCCCUUUUUUAAUGAUGCGUGUUAAGUUUGUCUCAUGGGAGAGAUCUUGAUUUAUAUUAUCCAAAAUUUUAGCAGGGUCUCUUUCGCGUACGUUGGGUCAUGGUAACUUUACACAUGCUUUGGUAGACUGUCAACUUACUAAGGUCUCUCUUAUUUGGAGUUCCAAGUAAAUUGGAAUUCACGAUGUCCCGAGCUGUAUGUACGCCAGAACAUCCUUCAGUGACAUCUGGCUUGUCAUCCACGAACUUGGUCGCCUUAUUCAUCUGCCAUCCAAAUGAAUAAUCAAAGAAAUUUGUUACCUUACAAAUCUAUCUCUUACAUCUUUGUGUUGAAGCUAUAAUGAGUUGUCCGAUUUGUGAAAAUCGUGAACUUGUAGAAGAUGAAAACACUGGGCAGUUGAUUUGUUCAGAAUGUGGAACUGCAACAGGUGUUUAUAGAGGAGUUACCCAAUCCCAGGAUUUCUCUGAAACCCGUGGAUUACGAGUGAUCCAAAAGACUGAACACAUAGUUAGUCAAUCCAACCAAGCAGCUACAGAUAACAUAGCAGAUAGUUCGAGAUUUGUAAAAGUUGAACCGGAUAGCACACAUGACCAAAAUAUGAAUUCUGUUUGUCGGGAAGACUUGCUGAAUACAUUAGAUAAUGAUCUUUUCAGCGGGAGUGAGGUGAGCUUCAUUAAUCCCACGCAGAAAGAAAAGUGCUUUGAACGCCAUCGUCCUUGGCGGUUAUCCGAACCUUUCACUUUCAUAAUGAGACGUCAAGCAAACUGUUUGGCUAAAGAAUUAAAUCUUUCCGUGGAACAAAAAGUAUCAUUUUGUGAUACUGUUUGGAACAUAUGGCUCCACUAUUUGUCUAUAACUGGCGAACUUGGCUCUGAUGCUUGGGUAAAUGCAGCUCUUUUAUUGGCUAAAUCGAUUAGUGAAGUACUUGAAAGCAAGAUGAUUCCAGAAGAAGAGAGGCCUACUAAUAAAAUAUUACGGAAACACAAAACAUCGGAUCACUGUUACAUGACUACCCAGCGUGAACACGAAUGGGAGCUCAUGCAAACUCGUCUAAAUCAAUUUCAGUGGGUUGGUUGGGGUCUAUUGUAUGAACCAGAGGAAGGUCGAGAAAUAGCUAAAAUUCUACAUUUGUCUCGAAAAAAAAAGGCGCCGAAACAAGUCGACAAAAGCGAAAAAUCUAAACGACGUGGACGUAAACGGAAGAACUGUAGUGAGUCUGAUUCAUCAGAGCUCGUUCUUUCUGAUGAAAAUCCUGAUGAUGAUGCUCAAUCUGUCCAUUCACCUGCUUAUGAUGGUAGAAGGGAUUUGAGUAACCCAGAUGUUCAUGAUUCAGAUUUGUCCUUUCAACCUAAAGCUGUAGAAUCAGAGUUAUUCCCUGAUAAUGAUUGGACACAAGAAAUGCCAUUAUCGUAUUUCACCAAAAAACUAUCUCGGUUACGAUCCAUGGGUCAUUUGUUUUGGCGUGGUCAAAUUGAAGGUGGUUUUAAUUGUCGUGUAUUAAUGGAGUAUAAUGUGGCUAUUUUGUUUAUCGCUUGUUUAACUACUUGUCCUAUACGAAAAGCAGUCAAUCCAUUAUUUUCUUCACAUUUUAUAAAUUCUGAUAUCUCAAACAGUCCAUGUGCACUUACUACAAUGAUUACUUUAAAAGAUUUACAAGAUCUAUGCAAUAAUCGUCGCUUACCUUUCAUAUCUGUUCAAAGUUUAUUUCCUCCAGGGGCCUUUUGCAUUCGUGAUCAGAGUCUACUAAGUUUAAUCCGACGUCACAGACCUCCGGAAAUCAAUCAUUUGGCGUAUGCAACUGCUCGGAUGCGUGAAUUUAUUGGGUUGAACCAUUUCCCAAAAUAUCCACUGAGCUGGUUGAUGCAUCGUCAUAUAACCGCUCUAGGUCUUCCGGUAGUAAUGCAUGAAUUUGUACGACCUUUAUUAGAGAGACUACAGAAGGAAUGUAUUCCUGUUGAUAAAGAUAUAUACCACUCUUUGUUAAGUUCAAUCCCAUGGCCCAGAGUCGUUCGACCGGAAGUAUUUGCAAUGGCAUUAGUUGUUAUAUUGUUACGUCUUGUAUUCAAAUUCGAUGAUACCUUCGAACAUCGACUUAGUUCUGUCGCCAAAGCUUUGGAGUUAUUUCCCAAUCGUCCGGUUAAAAGUGGUCAAACGUCAGACGUCUCAUUAUACGAUCGACCUUUUAUUUGGAUUUCAUGGGUGCAAUAUAUCAACUCACGAUUUCGUCCAUCUCACAAACUUAAUUUAAAUUCGUUCAAAAUUGAUCAAAAUCCAUAUAGUAAUGCUCGAGUUCGUGAAUCUAAUCGACCAUUAGUCAUGACUGCUAGUCAAGGAUCUGAACUACUUAACUUAGAUAAAGCUUCUGAUUUCUUAGGUUCAACUGAAUUCAAAAUUGGUCGUGAUAUUGGUUGGGGUGAGGAAAGCAUGAAAAAAAUUAAAAUAGCUGAUGCUUCAGUAAAAUUGUCAUUAUCUCAGCCAUUGCGUAAUCUAUUCGAACCAUAUCAAGUGAAUUAUUUGACUGAGUCAACUGUAUCUACUCAAAGUCACUGUACACAUCGUCAUCAAAUGGUUAUCGAUGAUUUAACAUCUGAUUCUAGUACUAACAGUAAAAAAAACACAUUUUACAAAUGUUUAAUACGUUCAGAUUACGAACAAGAUGGCUUACUAAGCCCAUUUCUCAAUACACAGUUAAACUUUUUGUAUAACAAAGGUAUUAAUGUCAAUGAUUAUAUUCCAAAUGCUUUUAAUGACCAUCAAACAUCGACCGAUUCAUACGGAUUUAAUGAUUGCACUAUAAGAGAGUGGUGGUUAGUUUUGAUAAAUCAACGUUCUGAUUACUUCCCUGUAUGUAUUGGAGAAUGGUCUUCAAAUUCUUCCACUAAAUCUCAGUGGAAAAAUCGUCAUCGUAGCAAACAGCCACUUAUUUUACCAAAACCAGUAGAAGAAUUCAUUGCUAAACAUGAUGAAAGUUUAUCCAAAGCACUUGGUCAUGAUCAUGAUGAAUUAGUUCAUGCCAAACAAAAUGACAAGGAUGAUUCUCAAAAAGGAGAAUUCAACGAUCCCAAUGCUCUUCAGAGCUCAAAAGCUAAGGAACCUGUAUGUUUACAUUGUUCUGAUCCAAGUCAAAGUAUGAAGUGGCUAGUCGACAUCUGUGCAAUGAUUUGUGGAGCGUCUAAUAUUAGAUCACUACUCACUGAAAUUGAAUGUCUAGAACGCUUGCUUAAGUGGCACGCAAAAGCUUCAUGUUCACCCUCAAUUUCAGGAAAUGAUCCACGUCAAGUUGACUAUGCACUUUUGUCAUUUUUUGAUUUGAAUGUAGAUAUUUGUGAGGUAUCAGGAGAUAUGUAGAUUAGUUACUCUUUCUAUAUUUUUUUUCUGAUGUGUCGUUCUCAAAUUAAUUUGUACAGAGAUACCAAUUAUCUAUAGUUUACUUAUUUUAUCAGUUGUACUUGAACUAGAUUUGUUAUAUAAGUUGUGUAUUUGUGGAAGUAAAUAUGUUUUUCAUUGAAUUGCACAGUACAAAGAAAAAAUCUUAACGUACAUAGACUUAGUGAGUUGAGGUUAUUGAUAAAUGUAAGGUUUUGUAAUUGCAUUAAGAUAUAAUGAUAGUUUGCCGUAUGGUAUUAUGGGUAGUCUUUAUGAAGUUGGUCCCAUCAGCAUCUUAGUUUCUGAACCUUAUAGAAUGUCAGUCAGCUACAACGCAGUACCACGCACAUAUAUGCAUCGGUCCGAG